CGAUAAUAUGAGGAAUAUGUUUCAGUUUUCACAUUGAAUUAAGGCCUGCGCGUCAGAACGUGGUUCUUGUGCAAAGUCUUGUGGGAACAUAUUCAUAUAUGUAAAUUUAUUGACUUGCUCAAGCGAAGAUCGCUAGUAACAAAAUUUACCCAUAUUCGCGACGUUUGAAUAAAACAAGUAAAUAUAUAUUGCAUUUGCUGUGUUUUCCGCUUGCGUUAAAUGCUUGGAGUCGAACCGUAGCGUUAGACAUGGCAACGGAGUCAGAGCGAAAGCGAUUUCAUCUUGAGGACAUUAUCCGACAAAUUAGUGAAGAAACAGUAUCAACCGCUACAUCGGGAAUAACAUCGAUUUCUAGUGGUGAAUUAUUUGGGAAAGAAGACAUUUGUGGCAAAGAUAAACGUGAUUUUGAAGAAGAUUCUUCAGACGGUAUUAAAUCAGUUGAAAGUUUGAGCGAGGAAGAAAAUUUAAAUGGUAAGGAUAGCAGUGCUGAUGAGGUAAUUGUUCAGUCAAAAAUCUCGCCAAGGUGUGAUGUUUGUGGUUUACUUCACUUUAAAAGUUAUCGCUGUGUGACGCGAGUUUCAUCUCCAGCCUAUAUUCGUCAAGCUUUCGACGAUAAUUAUCAUAAGUUGCGUGUCUGUCGCAAGUGUCUUACGUCGAAAGAAAAUUGUAUUGAAAACGUUGCAAUUUCCAAUUUAACUCGCUACUCAGACAAGAUCCGGCAGAUGAAAAUACCUUUAGGAAUGACGAGCAAUCGAAGGACAAAACCGUUCGAGCUUGUGGUUCGUAAUUUACAACAUAUCAAGUUUAGUGAUUUUCACAGACCUGAUGACUUGGAAUGUUUUGAAGAGUUUGAUUCAUACUCCUCGAUUGUUGACAAUACGUCACAGACGUCGAGAAAAACUUUAUUGCAAAGGUUCCAUAUGGACGAUCCGAUACAAAAGAAUUUAUUCUUGAAAGAACUCAACUUGUGUUCCACGGAAAUGUUGAAGAAUGUUUCAAGAAAAGAAGAAAUUAGUGACCGCCCCAAUGGUAAUAUCAAAAUGGAAAAGUCCCAGCCAAUGCACAAAGAUAUUAAUCCUGUAUUUAACCAUUCAGAAGACGUUCGAUCUCUGUAUCACGUGACCGCCAAGAAUGUAGUUUCAAGUAAUAUUCCUGAGAAAAAGCUUGGUGAGGGUGCCGUGAAGUGUGUCAAUCAUGAUCUUGUCGUGAGUACGAAACGUGCUUGGAAACCGAACAAAAAUAUGAUAAUCUCCGUAAAGUUGGAAAUCCUAGUAUGAAGAAAUUGCUGAAAAAUUGUGAUACAGGCAAGACUACAGGUAAAACAACGGGCGAUUCACAUUCACCAGAGAAGAGUAGAACUUGUGGCAUUCACUGUGCCGUGUGCAACAAUCAUGUUCAGAAAUCUUAUAGCUGUUGCACCUUGCAAAAUGCUCCUGAAAAGUUCAAACAUCUAUUUAAACCUGGAGUUGUACGCUUGAAAAUAUGUAGAAAAUGUAGUCCGUAUAAAAAGAUUAUUAAACCAGACGAACCUCCUGUUGUUAAAAAGAAAGUUAAAGUAAAACAGAAACGAGGGCGUAAACCAACCAAAGUUGUCAAACCAUCGACUGUUGCUCGCGAGAUUCCAAAUAACUUUCGUGUAAAACUUGAAGAAAGUCGAGGACUUUUAGAUCCAGCAAGAGCCAAUUCAAUAGCGUUGACUCCAACUCCAACAUUUCAACAAAAAGCCAGCGAUUACAUUCACAAUUCAAGCACAACCAGUCCUAUUGAAAAUAUGGACCAAAAUUGAUUUUGUUUGUGCUUUAAAACUGAUAUAAAUUGUUAUGUAAGAUAUGUAAAAGGUUUUCUAUUGAAACACCUCUAUGGUACAUAAACAAAUAUAAUUUUUGAAAUAUAUUUGUAGUACUUUCGUUUGAA